CUCCAUUCACAGACUUCUCUCGGAAACCCCAAUUCACUCACUUUACUCUCAAUCCUUAAGUCACACUUCAGCGUUUUCAACUGCCCAAAAUGCCUUCCUUCACAUCCAUUGUUUUCGCCAUCGCGGCAGCCCUCUCAGUCGCCACUUCAUCCCCACUCGCCGCACGCGAUAUCUGCGGAGCUCCUCCCACAGGAACAGCAGCCCAGACUCCACUUGCAGAGCCCGCUGACAUUACUACUGCAGCACUUUGCUUAGCCCAAUGCCAGGCUCAUACCGGCUGCGAAUGCUUCCUCUUCGGCUUCGUUAACAACGUCUACACCUGCGAACUUUUUUCUGUCCCAGCCUCUGCUAUCCCUCCUGCCAUCGAUCUCGUCGCUUACGAUAUCGACUGUUCCAACGUCCCAACUGUCGUUCCAACCGCAAGCAACCCAACCGGCGUUAACCAAAAGAGACAGAACAUCGUCUCUGGGGCCACGCACGAUAACCCGCAGAACGGCAUCCCAGCUGCCGGUCAAGCACCUCUUACUACCCCAAACAACAUUGGUAGCCUUGACGCUUGCUUGGCUGCAUGCAGGGGCAAUCCAGCUUGUAUUGCUUAUACGUUCAUCUCUGGUGUUUGCAACCUCUAUGCUUAGAUCUGGUCUCACUAGGCGCCUAUGAUAGGAAACUCAACUGCGAUGGGAAAAUGGAAAUAGAAGGCUGGUACAAAAUUGAAGGGAGCAUUUGAAAGGCUCGACGAGCUUGCUCUGUUAUCUUUAGAUAUCAUUCCCUUUGUGGGGUUUGUAUUGGGCUAGCCAGAGACAUAGCACUGUAGGGUU